AUGACCUAUUGGUACGAGAAUCCAGACAGACAUAAGGAUGGGCGCCAUUGGAUUGGAGUCUGCAUAUCGCUCGCAUACAAGGCAGAGCUCCAUCUCGACUACUCAGAUCAUCCAGAUUGGAACUUUCGAAGGAUUCUAUGGUGGAGCAUUUUUACACGCGAUAGACUGAUGUCGCUGGGAUUACAACAACCUCCUAUGAUCAAAGAUCAAUUUCGGUCAUCCAUCCCGGUGCUUGGAAUCGGCAAAGAUGAUAUAGUGACACCGAGGUUCCGAUCCGGUCUUGGUUUCUCAUACUACGGCGAUAAUCACGAAAAGCUAGCUCGGAUCUUUAUCGAGAAAAUUAACCUCUGUCGCUGCAUCAAAGAUGAUCUUUACGCCUGGGACUGCCAGUCUAUUAACAUGCGGCCAAUUGUUUCUCAGCCACGGAGGUCAUGUCUUUGGCUCUCAAAACUGGAGUUAGAAGAUUGGCUCCAGGCCUUGCCUAAGAGCAUAUCAUUCUCUUCGGUCCCGUUUAUGACGAACGAAUCUGAGCUCCUUCUCUACUCACAUGCCGCUUGGUUGAAAAUGGUUUACCUCGAGUUGCACAGUACUCUUCAUCGACAACUUGACUUUUUGUCGGAACAAUAUAGCCCACGCCAGCAAUUAUCUCUCGAGUCACCAAACUGUCCGGUCCUUCAAAGUGCAGUGGAAUUCACUGCAAUCUUACAAGAUCUCAACGAGAAACAUCUCACAUCUUACCUUACGACGACGAGUGUUCCCAUGAUUCUGCGGAUGGGACUCCUUCAUAUACAAGAGGUUUUUUCCGCCGAUUCGCAUGCAGACGGUGCCAGCCUUCGUCGACUGCUUCACUGCAUCUUUUCACUUCAGCAACUUGGCAGUAGAUAUGGAUCGGCUUUAUUUGUUGCUUCGUUGCUAGGAGCUCCUCGCGGCUCUUCCAUCGCUACAACGUCAUCUAGUGAGAUAUUAGCACACGUCGAUGUUGAGUCGUUGGGUCGGCUGACAUCGGCAUAUAAUGACCACUCGGUCCCAACGGUUCUCAAAAUUAGAGAGCCGUAUGAUGUCGACAUCGUCUCGGGGCUCAAGUCAAAGGUUGCCAAUUUAAAAAUAGCGGCUUCAUAA